AUGACCUGUAAUCUUCAAGGAAACAUUGACAUGCCAUAUGUCAAGCAGAACACAGUAGGGGAACACAGGACACAUGUUACUGAAAUUGGCACUGUAACAGGGCUUGUCCCAGGGCCCGGAUGGGCCGCAGUGGCAGCUGCUUCUAGUCCAGGAGACCGGGAGGCUUGCAUCCUGGAAGAGCCCACCAGGUUGGAGGACCAGGUCCAGCAGACCCACUGCGGCUCCAGUGCAGCAGCUGAAGGAGGCAUAGGGAGCCGGCCACAGGACAGAUGGCUGCUGGUGCGCACGCGCGAACACUGCCAGCAAGGGUCGGGCCAAGACAGCAUCGCUAGGGUGCUGUGUAGGAUGACUAGCAAGAGUAGAGAGGUGAUGUCCUCGUGGCGCCUUUGGUGCAGGUCCUUAAUCAGAGAGCUACGCCAGGCUCACUACGAGGUGCUGAGGACCAUUAGGUGGGGGGGCUUUGCCUCCAUCAAGUUGGCCAAGCACCUGCCCACGGACUCCCUGGUGGCCGUGAAAAUCCUGAACAAGAGGGACAUAGAGUGCUUUGCCUCAGAAGUGGACAUCCUAAAGUCUGUGGAGCACAAGAACAUCGUCAAGCUGUUCGAGGUGGUAGAGACACGGGGAAAGUUGUACUUGGUGAUGGAGUACAUAGAUGGAGACCUAGCGGACCAUGUACAAAAGGUGGGCAGGCUGGAGGAGGAAGAGGCCAGGCCAAUAUUUUGGCAGAUUUUGAGGGGCGUCAAAUACUGCCAUGACAAUGGAAUUGCUCACAGGGACCUCAAGGCAGAAAAUAUCCUGCUGGACACAAGAGGCACAGCCAAGCUCUGUGACUUUGGGCUGAGCACACGGUUCCUGCCACGGCAGCUGCUGGACAUGGAGUGUGGGACAAUGGCCUACUGGCCACCUGAGAUGUUCAAGCAGCAGAGGUACCAGGGCCCCAAGCUGGACGUCUGGAGCCUGGGUGUGCUCCUCUAUUAUAUGGUGAUGGGAGUCCUCCCCUAUGAUGGCAGGUCAAGGCUUGUACUGAAAGAACAAGUGGUAGCCGGAAUUUUUAAAGUCCGAGAAAGCUUCUCCCCUGAGCUUCGAGGGAUUUUGGCCUAUAUGAUGAGGGCCAAUCCUAAUAUAAGACCAACUGUUUGGCAAGUAAUGUACCACCCCUGGUUUAGACACCAUGAGGCAGCCAUACCAAGUCCCAGGCAAGAAGUGCAGGAGCAGCCAGACCCUGCCAUCCUGAAGAUAAUGUCCACCUACCUGGGAUUUGCCCCAGAGGAGGUGCGGGAAGCCCUGUCUGGCAGGAAGUUUAAUGCUGCCAUGGCCACUUUCCAGAUUCUGCAGCAGCAGCAAGACCUGGGCCAAGAUUUGGCCUGCCUGGUGAGACGCCCCCUUCCUGGGCCUCCGCCUUGUCCCUCACCUGUGCACCCAUCCUGUCGAUAUGUGCCAUUCAAGAGAGCCAGUGCUCCUGUGCGCCACCCUGCUGCUAGCCUGCCUGCUGAGCAGCAGCAGGAGGAGGGUGGCAGGAAGUUUGCCAGGUCUGUGUGUCUUCCCUUUGUCCUCUGGAGCCGCAGCACAUCUAUCACAGAUGGGGAGACUGAGGACAGCCAGCCUCCCCCUGCUCCACCAGCAGCAACAGUGUCCCUCCCCAUGGGCCAACCCACGGAACUGAUCUGCAUGACCCCUGAACAGGAGAAACAUGUGGGCAGCAGGAUUGAUUCCUUCCCGGCCCCUAAACAGGAGAAGCAUGUGUGCAGCAGGGCUGAAUCUCUCCCCGACAUCUUAUAUAAUACGUGGACACGGGGCAUAGAGGGGGAGAGGGCUAUCAGCUCGGCUGCCCCACAUCUGGAAACCUCUGUUCAAGAAUGGAAGGACCCAGGGGAGACAGAGGAGAGAAGUGAGCCAGCCACCAAACCAACUGCAGCAGAAACACCCACCACAGGCACAGAGGGGGAGAGGGCUAUCAGCUCGGCUGCCCCACAUCUGGAAACCUCUGUUCAAGAAUGGAAGGACCCAGGGGAGACAGAGGAGAGAAGUGAGCCAGCCACCAAACCAACUGCAGCAGAAACACCCACCACGGGCACAGAGGCAGCAAUGGGGGGCAGCACCCCUCCUUCCUUGGAUCCUACAGGGGCAGAAACUUCCAUAAAUGGGAGAGGCAGGCAUUGGAAGAGGCUGAAGAAGUGUAUUACUAAUUGUUUGAGAAAAAUGUGCUGCUGCUGUCUUCCUGGUCGAGAACUUUAA